CUCCUGCUUCCGUGCAGGAAGGUGACUUAAUAAGUUAUGGAGGGCAGAGUAAAUUAUAUUCUCAUUUAAUUACAGGGGAAAGUCUCGAUUGAGAACUUCCGCCAGAAGUAUAGAGGUGUGCGUAGUGUGCUAAUUGAAGCGACACGUAUUGGCUGAGCCUCCCUGGCGUCCUCCACCCGAGGCGGAACGACUCGCUCUGCAGCCCUGCGGCCCGGCGGGACCCAUUAAGCAGAUGUACCCGGAAGUAGGUCCCUGGGAACCGGAAGCCGGAAGCCACGCUUCUCUCGUUUCGUAGGAGACGCGAGGCGGCAGUCCCUAAGCAGCUCCUUCAGAAGUGUGAAUGAACCAAGGAGUGAAACCAGCACUGGAUCCACACUCCUUCAUCUGCAACGACAUUGGCUGGUCCUGGAAACAGGUCUGUCUCUUGAAUCUCCAAACUGAAGGAAUGUCUACAGCCUUCAACAUUGUGGACGCAUCCUGGAAGCAAUUCGUUUCAGCAUAGAAACUCUUUGCGGUGGCUAACGGAACAUCAUGUCCCAGGCAACCAAACGCAAACACGUGGUCAAAGAAGUGCUAGAGGAAUAUGUGGUUCCUUCAGAGAGGCAGAAGAUUGUCCGGGUGCUCGGGACCCCAGGAAACAACCUCCAUGAAGUGGAGACCCCUGAGAGGACGCGGUUCCUGGUCAGCAUGCCCAACAAAUUCCGUAAGAACAUUUGGAUCAAGAGAGGAGAUUUCUUACUGGUGGAUCCCAUUGAAGAAGGGGAGAAAGUAAAAGCAGAAAUCAAUUUUGUCCUUUACAAGGACCACGUUCAGUACCUUAAGAAGGAAGGAUAUUGGCCUGAUGCUUUCUUAGGAGACGUAAAAGGAACUCAAAGCAAUACUAAAGAAAGUAGAGAGGGGGUACAAAGCACCCCUCAGUCAUCUGGAGAAGAGGAUUCUGAAGACGACGAUACCGACCUCUUUGUGAACACAAACCGAAUAACUUACGACUUUAUGGAGAGCGAGAAGAGCAGCGAUUCUGAGGAAGAAGAAAAAUAACCACCCGAUUUAUGGAGCAGAGCAAACCCUGAAAAUCCUGGUCUAGCUGGAAGGAACGUGGGUUGGGGGGUCUCGGCUAAAGUGAGCAUGGACUAUUAGAUGGUGUCCCUUUAGGGUAGGGGUCUCCACACAUGGCAACUUUAAGACUUGUGGACUUCCAACUCCCAGAAUUCCCCAGCCAGCCAUGGAUUUGGAAGUCCACAAGUCUUAAAGUUGCCAUGUGUGGAGACCCCUGCUUUUGGGGUUCAGGUACCCCAACUCAGCCUUUCGAAAGACUACCGGAGACCUUCUGGUGAGGUGACAUUAUCAUCAGAAGGGGCGUAGUUGAAAUUCUAUGCUUCGUCAUUUUUAUUAUUAUUAUUUUGGAUUCUUCUUCUCAGGGUUUUUGAGAAUGGGUUACUCCAAUUCCCAGAGUUAAGAGUGCGCCUCCUCCCUCCCCAUUUUUUUUUUUUUUUUUGACUCUUGGGGCCAAUUUUGGGCUGUAGUUUUCCUGUUUGGGGUUUGAAGUGCUGGAGGCGGCCGCGUGAAAAGCUCAACAGCCUGUUGCAGAUUUAAGGAGAGGAAGGUGCUCCUCGUCGAGCGCAUUGGCUUCUCUACUGGGUGUCCUGCCUCUCCUCUUAAUUCUCUCCAUUGCCUUUUAUUUAAUAAAAGCUACUUCAAAUGCA